UAUACCCUCACUAUAUUUCUGGCUUCACUUCCCGCCUCUAAACAUGAUACAAAGACAUUUCUAUGACUGCAGCUGUGACACAGAGCAGGAGAUAAACACUCUCAUUGAUGGAGCUGAGGCAAAUGAUUUGGAGUGACAGGAAACCAGCCGAACCUUUUAACCUGGUCUGGCCCAACCUGUACAUCGGAGACGAGUCUGUGGCUCGAGACAAGCCCAUCCUCUCCAGUCUUGAUAUAACCCAUAUUGUCAAUGCAGCAGCAGGGAGAUAUCGCAUCAACACUGGUCAGCAGUUUUACAGUGACCUGGGAUUAAAGUACUUUGGUGUAGAAGCUGCUGAUCAUCCAGAGUUCAAUCUUGAACCUUAUUUUAGGCCCAGUGCAGAGUUCAUAGACAGCGCUCUCAAGGAAAAUGGUAAAGUUUUUGUCCACUGUGCUAUGGGCGUCAGUCGUUCGGGAGCCCUGGUUUUGUCCUAUCUGAUGAUCUGCCAGGGACUGUCUUUGGUGGAGGCCAUCACUGCUGUGCGUCUGAACCGGGACAUUGGACCCAACUCUGGAUUUCUGGAGCAGCUACGACAACUGGACAUGAAUCUUAAGUCCAUCCCAUAAAUCUCAAAAAGAAAAACAACACUAUACUUCAAACACUGCUCUGUCAAAUUGUGGUUGAAUCUGAAACAAAAUAAAA